GCUGAUCCCUCGAUAACCUCAACGUCUCGCCGAUACGCCAGUAUUUCGUUAUCGUCUCGGCUCGGCCGAGCCGACCGUCGUCGGGAAUCGAGCGCGGCGAACUGAUCCUGUCGUGCGUGUCGUCGUUCGAGGCAUGUCCGCUCCGGAGGAGGUGACAGAGCGCCUGACGGCGCAGGUGAGCGAGCUGCAGGCACUCCAGUCCGUCUAUCCGACCGAGCUGGCCGUGGCAGACUAUGGGGUUCUGGCUGACAUCAACGAGUACAUCGAGUGCCCCGACCGGGAGCCACCGCGAUGGCUGGAGUACGCUGUCGCAGUCCCGCUGGACGGUGGGAGUGUCGAGUUACUGGUGAACCUGCCGACCAACUACCCGAAGGAGCAGCCGGAAGUUUACGCGAGAGGCUCUUGCCUGGACAGGACGCAGCAGUGUCUGCUGAACAAGGAGCUCUCCGUCGUCGUCAAGGCCCAAGAGGCGGGCGAGCCUUGCAUCUAUACGCUGAUAUCGUGGCUGCAGGACAACGCCGAGGCUUAUCUCGAGGCUUCCGCGCGUAAUCAAGCGGUUAAGCGCAGCGAGGCGAGUAAGAGCGGCGCGGUAGAUCGGUCCCCGGUGGUUUUCUCCAGGUAUUGGAUCUACAGCCAUCACAUAUACAGCAAGUUCAAGCGACGGGAUGUCGCGAGCUUGGCGAAAGAGAACGCCAUCACGGGAUUCUGCCUGGCCGGCAAGCCGGGAAUAAUCUGCAUGGAGGGAAGUCUGGAAGACUGCGACUACUGCUGGCAGAAGAUCAGGACUAUGAACUGGCACAAGAUAUUAAUAAAAUUAUUGGAGAAAGAGGAGGACUGCAACGAUGUGGAUAGAAUGCGCAAGUUUGCGGACUUCCAGGAAGUCUCCUUCCCCACCAGCGAGCGCCACAACGACAUGGGUCAACUUCUCAAAUAUCUAACCGACCACGAUUGCCAGCACGCGUUCAAGGAGCUUUUUGGGAUGGAAGGAAAGUUCAGCAAACUUUCAGAUUGAUAAGAUUGUACGAAAGCAGCGGCGUUGAAAAUUCACGUGACUUUAGCUUAACUCGCAAUUCGUCUCCUUCUAAAGGGAACAGAAAGGGCGAGUUGAGCUGAAAUUAAAGUUACGUGACGUCGACGCGACCGGGCCUGAAUCACUCGUGGGAUUUCUCUACAAAUGUACGCGCGUAACUUUUUGCUCACCUCUACCGGGCUCGUUCCGAAAGCCCCUCCUUAGACGCUUGCCUCUCUGAAGGAUCGCCCUGGUCGUAUCGGUCAUAUAUUUCGC